AUGGCGGCCGGGGGGGCGCAGGGGUUCGGCGAGGGCGGCGGCGGCCGCGGCUUCCUGGGCCCGCGCGUGCCGGUCGAGGUGGAGGCCAUGUCUCGGGGCGUGCAGGACGUAGGCAAGGAGACCUUCCGGCGGCUCCCCAAAGUCACUGUUAAUGCAUUGGAAGGAAAAGACCACAAGGAAUCUGUCAGGCUGACUGCAGAAAGUGAUAAUCUCUCAGAAGAGCAACUUGCUUUCCUCAUUUCCAGCAUGUACACCCUCCUCCGAGAAGCAUUGAGACUCCCCUUAUCAACUGUUUUUAAAGAAGACCUGAAGGAGUUCAGAAUACCAGAAGAUUUAAUUGUGGACUUUUCCAGUGUAGUCUUUGGUAACAGGCGUCCUACUUCCGAAUGCACAGCUCUGAUACGAAAAAGUCUGCUACCAAGUAUCUAGGACUUCAAGUGGAGAGUGAAUGUGGCUAUAUCCAUAAGUUCACUGGCCCGUACACUCCAGCCAUCCAUUCUGAUGAUGAUGAAGCUUUCAGAUGGGACAGCUCAUCACUUUGAAGUGCCAGUUGCAGAGUUUCAAGAACUGAGAUACAAUGUUGCCCUUAUACUAAAGGAAAUGAAUGAUUUGGAAAGGAGCAUACUGAAGAUCCAAGACUGA